AAGUUAAGUUUUUUCAACUGGUUAUCACAAUUUCUCCACCCAUUAAAAUCACAUCAAAAUUUUGUUUAGACGUGUCUUUAAUCUACACAAAAUUCUCUUCAAUUAAUCGUACAGAUUAUUUUAUAUUAAUAUUUAGUAUGUUUUAGGCCCUGAAAAGACGAAUUUUGAAUCUGAUUUUUGUAACUAUUUUUUAAGAGCCAUUUUUACAAUUUGGUUUUUAAAAAUCGGAUACACUUAACUGAAACCAUACUAAUGUAGGUUAAAACAAUGUUUUCCUUUUGAUUUUAAAAUCAUUAUUAGACGAAUUCUGGUGAUAACCAGUAAGGUGCUUCUUCCAUGUAGCAUGUUACAGCGACCUCUGUGAUACUUUAAAAUACAUUUCUUAAUAGAAAAAUUCGUAAAAUAAGUUCAAAGUGUGUACUUUUCAACCCAUUAACUCCGACAUUUCUGCAAUGUAUGUGGGUAAAUAAAAAAAUCUUAAAUAUGGCCUUUUUUUAGUGCCGUCACCUUAUUAUUCUCCCUUAAUAAAACCAAGUAGAUCGAAACUGUGGGGUUCAAGUAGUUCAAACUGUGAACAAUAUUGUGAACAAAUAAUAAUAGAUUUAUCUCAGAGAGCACACAUCAAAAAACUCUUGAUUUAAGCACACAUGAGUUUCCCUAACCCUGUUUUUAUUUACGUAUAUCUCUGAUUCAAAUGCAUCAAUUAACUUUUUUUUUUCAAUCAAUAGUUUGAAAGCUGAAGAAAAAAAAUAUUUUAACAUUAUUUAUUUUAUCUAAAAACUCAAAGAAGUUAUAACACAAGAGAUAUUUUCCAAAAACUAAAAGUAGAUUCUUUAAAAUGCCGCAACUUCAAAAAUUUAUCCGGGUUACGCUAACCCAGUGUACCUUUUAAGAGUUAAACAUGUAUGUGUAUACAAAUUCAACAGAUUUAUUUUGUAUACGAUGCAUAUAUAUUUUGUACAGGCUAUAUAAAUAUAAAAUUGUUAACAUAAAAUUUAUAUUUUGUAAAUUUUUGUAUAUUAUUCGCAUCUUUUGAUUCUUUCAAGAUCGUUUGUCGUUCAUGGCAGAUGGCACUAAAGCUGAAAUUUCAUAUGAGCAAAAAAAACUAGCGUUUACCCCUACUCCACUUUAUUGCAAAACAAUAGAAAAGUUGUCGACGUUUUAUUUUUCAUGGAUCAUGUUUUCGUCGCUGGCGUUAGUUCACUCACGGCGAUCAAUGUUUAUUUUUUUUAGCUAAACCAACCAAUCAAAAAAUUUCAUUUUAAAUUGGUCAAUUAACGACAUGAAUAAUUGGAUGCCACUCAUUUUUGUUAUUAGUUUAACUACGUUAACUUUAAGCAUGUUUUCGAUAAUACAAUCAUUUCAUCGAAAAUCGAUAGAAAGAGAAUAAACACUAGUUUUCUUUAUUUACAAAAAAAUUGCAGCUUAACGUACUUGUCAUUGAUAGCUCUCAUCUGCGCUAUAACAAUUUUUCGCAUAAUUUUAUAAAGCAAGCGUUUUAUUAACAUCCUUUGACAAUUCACAUCCAAUUUUAUGCAAAAAAUAUAUUUAUAUUUACUUGAAAAAAUUGAAAACAAAAUUGAAACAUUAAACUUGCAAAUUGAUCCUUUAUUUUAUAUUGCAAAUAUUUCUUACGGUGCUACACAUAAUGCUGAUAAAGAUAUGUGUGACGUCAAUCAUAAUCUACUUCGGCAACAUAUUCUUAGUUAUGUCACGACCAAAUUCAUUAAAUAAGCAUGAAGAAUUACGAAAAAACAUUAAUAAAGUGUUUUAUGACAAACACAGUGACGAGAUGUUUCUACAAGAUGAUAAAUACGAAUACCCAAGAACUAACAAAAUUUUGACACAUUUAUACAAACAACAGUGGCUAAACUAUUACAAGUGCCUUGAAGAAGUCUAUGCUGACGUAAAUCAUGAGAGAAUCAUCUAUCCGACCGCGCUUGUAGCUCUCGAGGAAACAUCCGUAACUUUAAAAUGUCAAAUUUGUAUUUCGCCAAUGGAGAUGCAUGUGACUGGUCUAAUAGAAUGGUAUUUUAAUAGCAGCAGCAGUAGCAACAACAAUAAACACAUCAAUUCUAAGAGUUCGCUGCAGAAUACAAACAGUAAUUCGCAGGAUAAUCAAUACAUCACCAUAAACAAUGUCAAGUUGGAACAAGCAGGAAUAUAUUGGUGUGAAGUGGGAGAUACUAUAGGAUCAGUUUACUACUUAGAUAUCGACAGUAAUUCGGAAUUAGUGAAUGUACGAGAUCCGAACACACCGUUUUACGCAUCACAAGUGACAUUGGUAGAAAACAUGCCGGAAUACAAUUUGAAAGUUUAUACCGCCUGGACAACGUGGAGUCUCUGUUCCACAUGUGACGCGGUUGGGAUAAAGCUACAAUAUGGUUACUGUACCGUUUCUCUUUCAGAGAUGUUCGAGCACGAAUAUUUCAUUAAGGAAAGUACAACGAUGAAUGAAUUACGACGUGUGAAGCCAGAUAAAGGAAAAGAACAAGUGCGAUUAAUUCCAAUUAUCAAAGAUAAAAACACUGAAAUUAUACAGCGAUAUUGCAAGACAAAGUGUCAGAGAAACAUUAUAUUUGAGAUACGCGAUAAAAAGGGCAAUAUUCUAGAAAGCGCAAACAACAGUGCUGGUAUAUUUUCGAUGAUUCAAGAAAUGCCCCAGCAGUUAUCGUCAGUUGCACGUAGUGUAAUUUAUGAAAAACGUGAUAAAAAGCUCAAACUUAUCUGUCCAGGAAAUCUGAAUCCGGACAUUCCAAUUGUUUGGCGAAUUAAUAACAAAACAAUAAUUCCAUCUCACAUUAAAUUCCAAUCAAAAGGAAGAAUUCAUAUUAAUCCUCAAAUGCAAAUAGUAUUUAAAUCUCUAAAGUUUGAAGACACUAAUAUAUACAGUUGUUGGCAAAAUAAUGAAGUUGCUGGAAUAAUAAAGUUAAAUAUAAUUGAAAGUAUAGAAUUCACAAUAAAUCAUCAUGUUAUUUUAAUUGGUGUCAUCGUUAUAAUUGGUGUAAUUCUCAUAAUGUUUUGGAGAGCAUUCAAGGGACAAACGCGAUAUACAAUGCAUUAAUUUUUAAUUUAUGCAUAUUAAAUUGUUCGUUAUUAAUUAUUUAUAAGAUAAUGCAUGUAUUUAUAAAAAGAUGAAUAAAAAGAAGAUAAACGUGUUUUAAAUGUAGCAUAUUGUAAGAACAUAAACAAAAAUUAAAUAUGUAAGUAUUAAAUAUAUUUGUAUUUUAAACAUAAAUAUUAUAUAAAAAUAUUUUAA